CUCGGGCGACGCCGCGUCCGGGCGGGUUGGGCGCGCGGCAAAGCAGCCGGGGCUCAGGGCGCGCGGGGCGCCGGCCGACGGUGCGCGGGGACAUCCGCCGCCUUUGGGCGCGGGGGACCGUCUGAGGUUUCUCCUCGCAGCCCGUCCGCUUCUUUCCUCCACGCAGCGGCCGAGGUCGCGAUGGGCUCAUUAAGCCGGCAGGUAGGCAGUGCCCCGGCGGCGGCAGGCGGUCCUGGAAUGUGCGAGGGGCGUGAUGACUGCAGCUGCCGCCGGCCUUUUUGCGCAACACCUUCACUAUAUAUACCCUGGUGGUGCGCUCCACCUGGGUGCCUGCUCCGGUCCAUUACCUGCGCAGGGAGCACCGACCAUGGCUCCUUGGCCUGAAGUGGAGAAUGCCCAGCCUAACUCUGAUAAAUACAUUGAAGGCACCGCUGGUCAGCAGUCCACCACGCUUGCAAAAGACAAGGAAACCAACAAAGAUGACACUGGGACCCCUGCAACCAAGAUGGAACUUCUGCCAUCCUAUUCCACCGUGGCACUGAUAGAGGAGCGCACAGAGGUGGAGGACCCCUGGGACCUGCCUGAGCUUAAGGACAAGGGGAUCAAGUGGUCAGAGAGAGACACCAAAGGGAAGAUUUUCUGUGUCUUCCAAGGCAUUGGGAAAUUAAUUAUGCUCCUGGUAUUUCUCUACUUCUUCGUGUGCUCCUUGGAUGUUCUCAGCAGUGCCUUCCAGCUGGUUGGAGGAAAGGUGGCUGGCCAAUUCUUCAGCAACAACUCCAUUAUGACCAACCCUGUGGCGGGGUUGAUGAUCGGGGUGCUGGUGACAGUCCUGGUGCAGAGCUCCAGCACCUCCACAUCCAUCAUUGUCAGCAUGGUGGCCUCGUCAUUGCUGACUGUGAGGACUGCCAUCCCCAUUGUCAUGGGGGCCAACAUUGGGACCUCAAUCACCAACACCAUCGUGGCUCUCAUGCAGGCAGGAGACCGGAAUGAGUUCAGAAGGGCCUUUGCUGGGGCCACAAUCCAUGACUUCUUCAACUGGCUCUCCGUACUGGUGCUCUUGCCUCUGGAGGCUGCCAGCUCUUACCUGGAGAGGCUGACCAACCUGGUGGUGGACUCCUUCCACUUCAAGAGCGGAGAGGAUGCCCCGGAACUUCUGAAAGUGAUCACAGAUCCCUUCACGAAGCUCAUCAUCCAGCUGGAUAAAGAUGUUAUCAACCAAAUUGCGAUGAAUGAUGAAACAGCUAAAAACAAGAGUCUGAUCAAGAUUUGGUGCAAGACUUUUACCAACGUGACUGAGAGGAAUGUCACUGUCCCCUCACCUGAGAACUGCACCUCCCCUUCCCUCUGUUGGACGGAUGGUUUGUACACCUGGACCAUCAAGAAUGUGACCUACCAGGAGAACAUCGCCAAGUGCAAGCACAUCUUCGUGAGUUUCAGCCUUCCAGAUGUUGCCGUGGGCGUCAUCCUGCUGGUAGUGUCCCUGCUAGUCCUCUGCAGCUGCCUGAUCCUAAUUGUCAAGCUCCUGGGCUCCGUGCUCAGGGGACAGGUAGCUGUUAUCAUCAAGAAGACCAUCAACACAGAUUUCCCUUUCCCCUUUGCCUGGUUGACUGGCUACCUGGCCAUCCUCGUUGGGGCAGGCAUGACCUUCAUCGUUCAGAGUAGCUCCGUGUUCACAUCUGCUAUGACCCCGCUGAUCGGUAUUGGUGUGAUAUCCAUUGAGAGGGUAUAUCCACUCACACUGGGCGCCAACCUCGGCACCACCACCACAGCCAUCCUGGCCGCCUUAGCCAGCCCCGGCAGUACUUUGAGGAGCUCAAUCCAGAUUGCCCUGUGCCACUUUUUCUUCAACAUCUCAGGAAUCUUGCUGUGGUACCCAAUCCCGUUCACCCGCCUGCCCAUCCGCCUGGCCAAGGGGCUGGGCAGCAUCUCCGCUAAGUACCGCUGGUUUGCCAUCGUCUACCUGAUCAUCUUAUUCUUCCUGGUCCCGCUGUUAGUGUUUGGCCUCUCACUGGCUGGCUGGCCAGUGCUGGUGGGCGUGGGGGUGCCCAUCAUCUUCGUGAUCUUGCUGGUGCUGUUCAUCAGGCUCCUGCAGUCCCGCUGCCCGCGUGCCCUGCCCCGGAAGCUCCAGAACUGGGACUUCCUGCCCUUGUGGAUGCACUCGCUGAAGCCCUGGGACAGGGUGAUCUCCAAGCUCACCAGCUGCUGUCAGCAGCGCUGCUGCUGCUGCUGCGGCGUGUGCUGCCGCGUCUGCUGUCAGCUGUGUGGCUGCCCCAAUUGCUGCCGCUGCAGCGGGUGCUGCAAGGACCUGGAGGAGGUGCAGGAUGUCCCCGUUAAGUCCCCCCAGGCUUUUGAUAACAUGGCCAUGGACAAAGAGGCCCAGGACGGGGUCCCCAAGUCCAUGGUAGAUACAAAGAUCACCAUCACAGCCUUGUAGGGCGGGGCUGCCUGGAGGCGGGAAAAGGGUCCCACAGCCCACGCACUCAUCCUCCUUCCUGGUUCUGCAUGCCUUCCUCCAACUCCACCUCCAUGGGGAUUUGUUCCCCAUCGAGAAAUGACAUCCGUCCUCACUCGCAUUCCCUUAGCCCAGUGUAUCAGCCUACACGUAGUUCCAUCUCAGCCCCGCGCUCCCGCUCCCUGGGUCUUCCAUACCCAGGAUGGCGCAGAAACACACUGGGGAAACCUGGCCAGAGAGAUGAUUACAGCCACCCCUGCACACAGCUGGGCUGGUCACUGGGACUUUUUUUUUUUCAUACUCAAGCCAUCCUCUUCCAAAGGAAAAGCCCCAAGGAAGGAAUUUAUGGAAGGUUCUCAAAGGCCCAUAAAUACAGAUACUUUUUCUUUAUCCUGAUACAGCUCAGGCUUCUGACAGCUUCAGACCAAUGACAGGCUUUAAUAACCAAGAGCGGCUGCUCCCGGGCGUGCUUGCCCCACAGCAGCCCAGUUCAGGGGAAACUGUGUAACUGUUUGGGGACUUGGAGGAGCCUUUGCCGCUUCAUGUUGCAGAGCAACGCUCCCCAAAUCCCCUGUCAGGGUUUUCUCACCUGGGCAGGGAUGGCCAGUCCAAGCCAUUUAUCUGCUGUGCCCUCUGAGUUUCCAAGAUGGGAGCCACAUCUGAGCUGCAGAGAGGGGUUCAGAAAGGUGCGGCUCAGUCUUCCUAAAGAGAGAGUGGUCCUGCCUGUGAGCUGGCAGAUGGAAGAAGAGAGCAAGGGAGCGGUGAACAUCUGGGGGAGAUGGUUAAUCUGGCUAAUUUAGAAGCCAAAUUGGCUGACAUUUUGGCUAAAGCCUAGUGCUACUCUCUUGUUCAGAUAAAAAUCAUCUCAGCCGAGUCUUUUGGAAUAAGAUAUGCAGGUUCUCCGAGUCCCCUCCACUGUGCCACCUUGAAUCCUAGGAGGUGCGUAAACAUGAAACAGUUCUACACCUCUCUGCCGCAUCGCUCCCUGUGCAGGAUGACAGACUGGGUCAGCUUUUGGUGAUCAGCUUCUGUCCAUACACCCACCCAUCUGUCCCUCCAAGCCAGAACCCGUUUUUCAAACAUUCUCCCAUAUCCCCAUAGACGAACUUUGAUUUUCUGUCCUCUCACCAUGCCUGCAAAGCUCAAAACUUUUCACGUGGGAAAAAUCAAGGGCAGAAAUCAGGGCAUGACUAUAGACUGCUCACAGAACCACAGAAUCAUCAGGUGGCAGUGGGGACUGUGUGUGUCUGUGGGUCCAAGGAGUGUGCCCCUUGUCCCAGAUGCCUUCUCUGUGCCUUCUAGAGCCCCCCGUUGUAUUUAUACCUCCUCUUUCCAUUGCUCCUUACCCUCAGUUCUCCCGGAGAGUUUCAGCUGAGUCUGGGAAAAGGUGUCAGUGCAGUUGUGUGCCAAGACCCUGCUCUCCCCUCUCCCCACCCUCGCUUCUCCAUCCUUUUCACAGGUUGGGGUACCAAACUGAGCCUCCCCUGAUCUUCCUUGUAUAGAUAUCGAUUCCCAACCAGAGCCAUUAAUACUAUAUAUUUAUACUCAUGCAACUGUACAGCAUUUUUCAUAAGUUAUGUAGUAAAUAGUACUGUGAUUUGUGUUAUGAAGUGCUCUCAUUUGGAGACAAGGCUGGGUUCUACUAACACCACCUUUGUAUAUUUUGUAAUUCUGCUUUUUAAAUAUGCUUCUCCAGCCACACCCAUGCCAUACACCCUGUAAAUAUGUAAGUUAAGCCUGGUCAGGGCUGUGGCCCUCUUUAUACUCUGAUUUUAAAAAAUUGAAUCCUUGUACCUGCAUUGAUUGUAUUUUUUUACUGGUUGUGGGACCUGAGAAAUAAACAAGAUAAUCAAAUCCAAAA